AUGAGUGCAUCACUAAAUGAUGUUCGUAUCUGGAUGACACGGUAUGGCAUGAGUAGUUAUUUUACACUUGGUGUACUUGGUAAUCUGAUCAAUGUAUUUAUGUUUACACGAAAAAAUCCUUUAUGCAAUUCAUGUAGUCUGUAUCUUCUCGCAAUAUCAAUUUCGCAUAUUUUUACUGCUAAUUUGGGCGUCGUUCCAACCAUAUACAAUUUAGAUCACGUAGAUCUGGCUACAUAUUCAUUUAUUUACUGCAAACUUCGUCUUUAUAUUAUGCAUAGUUCUAUUAUGAUCGGUCGAACAUUGAUAGUAGCUGCAUGCAUUGAUCGAUAUGCACUGUGUUCAAACUACCAACGAUUUCGUUCACUAAACAAUCCAAAAGUGGCACUUCGAAUUAUUAUUGUAAUUGUAAUUGCAUGGCUCUGUAUCAAUAUAUAUAUACCAUUUGUGACGGCAUUCACUGAAAAUAAUUGUCUUAUGCUUGGUUCAACUGCUCUGAUAUGGGCUAUUUAUACUGUUGCAGUACCAGGUAUUCUUACGCCAGUAUUAAUGAGCACAUUUGGCUUAUUGGCUAUUCGAAAUCGUUGGUAG